AAAAGUUCUCCGAAUAAAGCGCUAGUCGAUGGCGCAGGGGGAAGUCCCUCAGGAAAUCCCCGCACUGCGAGCCAUUUCCAGCGUGAAAAACCUUCUGAGCUUCUCUUUUACAAAGCCAUGAACCCAAAAACACCGAGCUGAGGACAAAUCUCACAUAUGUGUGCAGUAAAGUGUAAGGUAGACGGCCAUUUCUUAAAGAGAAACUAAGACAGAAAGCAAGAAAGAAAGAGGCGGACAUUAAUAAAGAUGGACGACGACGUUACGAAAUUACGGAGUUACGCAACUUUGAACACUUUUUACCACGAAACUCAGCAGGAGAUCGUCAAUUUAAGCAAACAGAUUUCAUCCCGAGACGGAAUUAUAGCUGAAUUAAGAACCAGGUUGGCUAAAUAUGAGAGGACGUGUGUGCUAGUUGAGGGAGAAGAACCGUGUUUGGUUGGACCAUCCAAGUCUCUAGUGGAGAGCUUGUGUAGAGAAAAGCACAAAUUACACCAGAAGCUUAAAGAGGCUGAAGUGGAAUCAGCCCAGAAACUGGAAUCUAGCAAAAGAGAGAUCCAGAGCCUGCAGCAGAAGCUGAAGGAGAAGGAGCUGAUGCUGGAGUGGCCCGAGCACGAGAAGGAUCGCGAAAUCCAGUUUCUGAAAGCUGAGCUGGCAGCACACACCCGGGUGCAGGCCACCCAGCAUGUCCUGUGCAACUCUUUGGUUGAUGAGGCAGAGCUGCUCAGGGGGCAGCUGGGAACAACGGUCCGAGUGUGUGAGGAGCUACUUGGAAGGCUGGAGAAGCAGAAGAACCUGCCGACUACUGCUGAACAUAAGACCCAGGUGACGGAGUCUGCCGAACUGCAUGACAUUAUCGCCAAUUUACAGGAUGAGAACCAGCAGCUGAAAAACAGAGUGGCAUACGUGGAAAACUUGAACUCAAAGUGGCAGAAGUAUGACCAGAGCAGAGAGGAAUACGUCAGGGGCUUGUGUCAGAAGUUGAAGGAGACUGAAGGAGUGACGAUGUACAAGCAGGAGAUCAACCGUCUCAACAGCCUGCUGGAGGAGAUGCAGGAGCGCAAUAGGCUGAGCCGAGAGAGGGAUGAUCGCAUGCAGAUGCUGGAACAGCAGGUUCUCGCUUACAUCGAAGACUUUAAGUCGGAGAGAGCGGACAGAGAGCGGGCUCAGAGCAAAAUCCUGGACCUACAGGAAGAAGUGGGGCGUCUACAGCUGCAAAUCCAGUCCCAGAAUUCCAGAGAACCCACUCCACGGAGGACCCUGACGAACAUAAAGAAAUCAAGCCGUAAGCAGAACGAAACAGUCGGGCCAUUGUUGCGGAACAGCCCUCCGGACUCGAACGCCAGGCGGCCGAACGCUCAGCUCACAGCCUCCGGUGCGUUUGAGCUCCAAUGCCCGCGAUGUCUCACCAUGUACGAUGAAAAACACACGAAAGAGUACAUGAACCACUGGGAGGAGUGCGCCAAACUCUGAUUUCUGCACGUUUCACACUCACACAAGACAAGAUGCACUACAGAAGUGUUGUGGAAGGCAUGUAAAGGUACAAAAAUGGAGAGAGGAGAGGAAAAAAGAAAGUGAAAAUUGAAAAAACCCCAAAAAACACUGGGACAACAAACUUUUUUGAACAACCUUAAAGCCAAGUUGUACGACCUUCACAUCUGGAUGGGAAUACAUACUCAGACUGGACUUUAUAUAUAUAUAUAUAUAUAUAUAUAUAUAUAUAUAUAUAUAUAUAUAUAUAUAUAUAUGUAUAUGUAUAUGUAUAUGUAUAUAUCAACCAUUUUAGGGAUUUUACUCCUGAACUACAAUUGAAUCUAGAGAACACACAGAGAAAACGACCUCUGACAUAAAAUGGGUCCACAGAGUUGCACAGCACAGUAUAAUUUUAUAUACUAUUGUGCUGGUGCUCCUUUCUGAUUGGUUGAAAAGGUGCUGAAUAACAUUCUAUCACAGCAGCACUGACCGUCAGAGUGAUCAAAGGUGUGAUCCGUUAUUGUAACGGACGUCGUUAAAAAAAAACCUGCGUGAACAUUUUGAAAGUAUCCAGGAGUAUCCAUUGCGUCUCUUUGUAGGGGUCUGCGGUAAAGUUUUCCCACAUGGACAGAAAACAACCAGCUUUGUACUUCUGGUUUAUUAACUGCCAUAGAGAAGCUGGUGAGGGGAUGACACAUAGUGUCCCUUGCUGCUGUAACAAAUUAGAUAAGAAAUUGACGUUCUAUUACGUUAAACAGAACUAUAAAAAGAGUUUGCUAAUAAACAGGGUUGCUGUGAUGUAAGAAGAAUUAA